AUGGCCUUUCAAGGUGCUUCUACCUCUUCCCUUUCUUCCUUCACUCGUUGGUGGACUUAUGAUGUAUUCUUGAGUUUUAGGGGUGAAGAUACUCGUCAAAAUUUCACUGCCCAUCUCCUUCAAGCAUUGGAUCGAAAGAAAAUAAACACAUACAUAGAUUACAAGCUUCGAAGUGGGGAGGAAAUCUCAGAAGAACUUCUCAAAGCUAUCGAGUGCUCAAGGAUCUCAAUUGUCGUCCUCUCAAAAAACUAUGCAUCAUCCACAUGGUGUUUGGAUGAGUUGAUGAAGAUCCUAGAGUGUAGAAAAACGAAGCAACAAAAAGUUUUACCAGUGUUUUACGGUGUAAAUCCAACAGAUGUGCGACAUCAGAGAGAGAGUUUCGGAAAAGCAUUGGCUAAACUUAAAGAAAGGUUCAAGAAUGAGUCGAAGGUGGAGAGGUGGAAAGCAACCCUAACAGAAGUGGCCGGUUUGUCUGGAUUCACUUUAGGAGAUAGGUAUGAACCAGAAUUUAUUCAAGAAAUUGUUCGAGACAUUUCUAAAGUAGUAAAGCCAAAAUACUUAAAUGACGUUGCCAAGCAUCCAGUCGGAAUGGAGUCUAGAGUACGUGACAUCCAUGAUAUACUUCUACGUGUGGGAGUGAAUAAUACACGCAUUCUAGGGAUCUAUGGAACUGGAAGAAUUAGUAAGACAAAUCUGGCUAAAGAAAUCUACAACACAUUUAUCGACCAGUUUGAAAAUUGUUGCUUUCUUGCAAACGUGAGAGAAAAUUCAAAGAGUGAGUAUGGUAUAAUUCAAUUGCAAUUUACACUUCUUUGCGAGAUCCUUGGUGACUGGAGUUUGAAGGUUAGAAAUAAAGAUGAAGGAAUGGGUCUCAUAAAAAAAAUGCUUUGGAGUAAAAGGGUUCUUUUAGUUCUUGACGACUUGGAUCAAUCAGUCAAAGUUGAAACCCUACUUGGAGGAUGUGAUUGGUUUGGUUUAGGAAGUUUAAUCAUUAUAACAACUAGGGAUGAAUAUUUAUUAACUAGUAAUAAUGUUCAUUUACGAUAUAAGGUGAAGGAAUUAGAUCGUGACGAAGCUCUUCAGCUUUUUAGUUGGAAUGCCUUCAAAAAUAAAAAUCCUAGCCAUGAUUUUGUAGACAUCACAAAAAAUGUACUCCAUUACGUUGGGGGCCUUCCGUUGGCCUUAACGGUGCUAGGCUCGGAUCUCUAUAGUAGGGACAUUCAAUAUUGGAGAAGUGCUUUAGAAAAGUACAAAAAAAUUCCUCCCAAAGAUAUUCUUAAAAUGCUUAGAAUAAGUUAUGAUGGCUUGGAUGCGAGAAGAGUAUUUUCUUGGAUAUUGCAUGUUUCUUUACAGGUGAGGAAGAAGAAUAUGUUACUAAAGUACUUGAUGGCUGUGGUUUCUUUCCUAAUUGUGGCAUCAAAGUACUUGUGGAUAAGUCUUUCAAUACCAUUAGUGAGUGGGGCAGAUUAAUCAUGCAUGACUUACUCAAAGAUAUGGGUAGAGAAAUUGUUCGUCAAGAAUCACCCGAAGAACUUGAGAAACGUAGUAGGUUGUGAUUUCAUGAAGACGUUCGUCAUGUACUUGAAGAAACUAAGGUAAGAGUUGCAUAAAAAAACACAUUUCAUCUUUUGAUUGUAAAAUUGGAUUGAGAUUACAUAUACAUGCACCCAUUUAUCUGUAUGAGUACAUCUACCUUGCAUUAGUAUCAUAAUAGGUAUUUUGUUUA